CAAAACAGCCGUAUUGUCUCCUUUCCCUCUCUCUUUCAACUCGGUGACUUCUUGAAAACAUGAACAAAAUUCCCCCCAAAAUCCAAUCGCCCAUAAAACCCUAGAGCACAUUGUAAAUUGGAGCUCAAAGAAUCUUCAAUUUCUGCGCUUUUUUUUCUCUCUCUGUUAGCCUGACUUGAAUUCAAGGAUCCGAAACUACGAAGUAUGGGUCGGCCAGAGCCCUGCGUGCUGUUCUCCCAGACCUUCGUUCAUCCUCAACUCGACGAAUACGUUGACGAGGUAUUGUUUGCUGAACCAAUUGUAAUUACUGCUUGUGAGUUUCUUGAACAGAACGCUUCUUCAAAUUCUCAAGUCGUUCCACUCAUAGGGGCUACCUCACCUCCUUCAUUUGCUCUGGAGGUAUUUGUUCAGUGUGAGGGGGAGACAAGAUUUAGACGUCUAUGCCAGCCAUUCCUCUAUUCCCAUUCUUCAUCAAAUGUCCUAGAAGUUGAGGCUGUUGUAACAAACCAUCUGGUUGUAAGGGGUAGCUAUCGCAGUCUAAGUUUGGUCAUUUAUGGAAACACAGCAGAGGAUCUAGGGCAGUUCAAUAUUGAAUUUGAUGAUAGCUCUUUAACUAAUCUUGUCAGUUCUGCUGAGGGAAAACUUGAGGAUCUCCCCUUGGCAUUGCAUUCAGCUAAUAGGACAGUUGAGGAAUCUUUAGCUUCUUUGAAUGUAUUAUCUUUACCUGUUGCCCCUUCAGAUAUACCUGUUGAGGUUAAGCAAUUUUUACAGCUAAUUUUGAAGAUGUUAGGGUUGCCAUGUUUUGAGGAUUCUGUAAAUAAAAUUGUAGGUGCUCUAGUGAAAGCAGUCUGUUCUUAUGUUACCAAUGCUUUAUGUUGUGUGGGAACCAAUCAGAAAUGUCUUAAAAUGGGUGAUGCUGAGGAAUUUAAACAGUUGCACGAUGUUCUUAUUGAGGCUAGAAAACAGCUUCUUGAAGUGCUUCAACAUGGCUCUGAAGAUGAAUCAGCUGAAUUAUUGGCGGAGUGCACUGCUUUUGAAUGUCAAGCUGACUUGGCUACUUCCAAGCAGUUGGUGGACAUGUUAAAUCAAUACUUCUGUUUUAACAGGAACUCCACAAAUAUUGGACACCACCGUCUUUCAAAGAACAAGAAUAACAUUCUGGGGCUGAGUCUGUCUCUUUUAUUGUGCUCUGGUAGAGAAAGUUGCUUUCACUUUGUCAAUGAUGGGGGGAUGGACUGGCUUGCAGAUGUUCUGUCUCAUGACGUGCAUGAUUCUUCUGCUGUUAUGUUAUUAUUACUUGGAGUCAUUGAGCAGGCUACUCGUCAUCCAAUUGGUUGUGAAGGAAUUUUAGGUUGGUGGCCCCGUGAAGAUGAAAGCGUUCCAUCUGGCAUUAGCAAAGGCUAUAACCAAUUGUUGAAGUUACUAUUGCAAAAGCCACGCCAUGACGUGGCUUCUUUGGUAGCAUAUGUCCUUCAUCGCUUACGAUUUUAUGAAGUUGCUUCAAGAUAUGAGCAUGCUGUUCUGUCAGUAUUGGGGGGCCUUUCUGCUGUUGGAAGAGUUACAAGUGUUACUUCAGAAAUGCUGAUCAGUGCUAAAUCUCAACUCAAGAGGCUUUUGAAAUUGAUACGUUCACGUGGUCCAGUUGAAGAUCCUUCUCUAGUGGCUUCUGCAAGCAGGUCAUUGAUCCUUGGUCAAACAGAAGGAUUAUUGUCAUAUAAAGCAACUAGUGGUUUGAUUGGUUCAUCAACCUGCUGCUUUUUAAACUGGGAUGUUGACCUGCAUUUACUUGCACUCCUGAAGGAAAGGGGUUUUCUUCCUCUGUCAGCUGCACUGUUGUCUUCAGCCAUAUUGCGUUCAGAAGCUGGAGAUACUAUGGACAUAUUUGUUGAUAUUGCUUCAACUAUUGGUGCCAUACUUCUCUCACUGCUUAUGUCGCGCUCAGGCUUAAUCUUCCUUUCACAUCAUCCUGAACUUUCCACUACAUUAAUAGAUGCUUUGAGGGGCAAAGAUGAUUUAAGCAAGGAAGACUGUGUUCCUCUUAGAUAUGCAUCUGUUUUAUUGUCGAAGGGAUUUGUUUGCAGUCCGCGGGAAGUUGGGAUUAUUGUUGAGAUACAUUUGAGGGUGGUUAAUGCAAUUGAUCGUUUGGUUGCAUCAACUCCCUACUCUGAAGAGUUUUUAUGGGUGUUGUGGGAGCUGUGUGGUCUCUCUAGGUCAGAUUGUGGACGCCAGGCUUUGUUGGUUCUUGGAUAUUUUCCCGAGGCUAUAUCUAUCUUGAUUGAAGCCUUACAUUUUGUUAAGGAAUCAGAACCAGUAUCCAAGAACAAUGGAUCUUCACCAAUAAAUCUUGCAAUUUUUCACUCUGCUGCUGAGAUAUUUGAAAUCAUUGUUAAUGAUUCAACUGCAUCUUCCCUGGAUGCUUGGAUUGGGCAUGCUAUGGAACUUCACAAGGCAUUGCAUUCUUCUUCCCCUGGAUCCAACAGGAAAGAUGCUCCAACUCGGCUGUUGGAGUGGAUUGAUGCUGGUGCAGUUUAUCAUAAAAAUGGCGCUAUUGGCCUUCUAAGGUAUUCGGCUGUGUUAGCUUCUGGUGGAGAUGCCCAUUUGACCUCAACCAGCAUUCUAGUCUCAGAUUUGACAGAUGUGGAGAAUAUCAUUGGAGAUGCUUCUGGGGGUUCGGAUAUAAAUGUUAUGGAUAAUCUUGGAAAAAUUACAUCUGAAAAGACUUUUGAUGGUGUUUCCCUUCGUGACUCGUCCAUAGCACAGUUGACAUCGGCCAUUCGAAUAUUGGCCUUCAUUUCCGAAAACUCAACUGUUACUGCUACUCUUUAUGAUGAAGGAGCCAUCACGGUAAUCUAUACAAUUCUGAUCAACUGUAGCUUCAUGCUUGAGAGAUCCUCAAAUAAUUAUGAUUACCUUGUUGAUGAGGGUACAGAAUGCAAUUCUACUUCUGACUUCCUUUUGGAACGUAACCGUGAGCAGAGCUUAGUUGACCUUCUGGUACCUGCUUUGGUAUUACUGAUCACCCUUUUGCAGAAAUUACAGGAAGCAAAAGAGCAGCAUAGAAAUACAAAACUCAUGAAUGCACUUUUGCGACUGCAUAGAGAAGUAAGCCCAAAGCUAGCUGCAUGUGCUGCAGACUUGUCCUCUCCUUAUCCGGAGUCUGCACUUGGUUUUGGAGCUGUUUGCCAUCUAGUUGUAUCAGCACUUACUUGUUGGCCUGUAUAUGGUUGGACUCCUGGCCUUUUCCACUCCCUCCUUUCUAAUGUUCAAGUUACUUCAGUGCUGGCCUUGGGUCCAAAAGAAACAUGCAGUUUGCUUUGUCUUCUGAAUGAUUUAUUCCCUGAAGAAGGCAUCUGGCUUUGGAAGAAUGGAAUGCCCUUGUUGAGUGCCCUCAGAACUCUGGCUGUUGGUACAAUACUGGGGCCACAGAAGGAGAGACAAGUCAAUUGGUAUCUGAAGCCUUCGCACCUUGAGAAACUGCUUAGCCAGUUAACCCCACAGCUGGACAAAAUUGCUCAGAUUAUCCAUCAUUAUGCUAUAUCUUCAUUAGUAGUCAUCCAAGACAUGCUACGGGUUUUUGUAAUUCGCAUUGCUUGCCAAAAACUGGAAAAUGCUUCAAUACUUCUGCAGCCUAUAUUAUGCUCCAUUCAAAGUCAUGCUUCUGACUUAUCUUCUUCAUCAGAUAUAGAUGCUUAUAAGGUCUACAGAUAUCUAGACUUCAUUGCUAGCAUUUUGGAACAUCCUAUCUCCAAGGCGCUGUUAUUGGAGAAGGACUUUCCUCAGAUUCUCAUGGAAGUGCUGGAGAAGUGUUUUAAUAUCAUUGAUUCAGAUGAGAAACAGGUCUCAGACAGUAAACUUUCUGCUACAUAUGGGUUUACUUUGAUUAGUUGGUGCCUUCCUGUAUUCAAGUGUUUGUCACUUCUCUUGGCUUCUAGAACAUCUUUACUACACCCUGGGCGACAUGAGUUGCUAAUUUCUGCAAAUCUGAGCAGCACAGAUUGUCCGUUGAUCUUACUAUACCUCUUGAAGUUUUGCCAGGUUUUACCAGUUGGAAAAGAACUACUGUCUUGUAUUGCAUGUUAUAAACAAUUAGGUUCUUGCAAUGAAGGUCGAAGUGCAAUGGCGACCUUGCUAUCCCAUGUAAACUCCAGCGUUGAGGGGCUUAGAUCAGAAAGAGGGCAUGAAAAGAAUGGGAAUUAUAAUCUCGAUGAUUUUAAAUGGAAAAAGCAUCCUUUGCUGUGUUGCUGGAAAAAGUUGAUGCAAUCAAUUGAUUCAAGGGAUGGUUUCUCAGAUUUGGCUAUUGAGGCUGUUAAUGAAUUGGCUAUAGGUUCAUUGUGCUUUUGCAUGGAUGGUAAAAGUUUGAACUUGAAUGCUGUGGGUGCGAUAAAACAUCUCUUUGGGCUUCGUGAGGAUGUGGAUGGGACAGAUGGCUUUGCAGAAAAUAUAACUUUAAUACAAGAAAUGACUACAAUAUUGAGUUUGAAGUCAUCAGAUGAUGAUGACUGUUUAGCUACCUCAGACAUGGGAGCUAUAUUUUAUCAGGCUUCAGAGUCUGCCAAGUCAUUGUUGUUAUUGUUGGAAAAGCCUAGUGGUUCAGUUACUCUGGAUGAUCUCUUGUGCAGUAAAGGCAUUUCUUUGUCAAUGAAUAAUGUUAUGUAUUCUUCAAAAACAAAUCAGGUGUCAGAUACUAAUGCUGGAAAGGUUGAUGAUUAUCUCUACCUUGGAGACCUUGAGGAGAAGUUCUUGUGGGAAUGUCCAGAGGCAUUGCCUGAUAGAUUGUCACAAUCUAUUCCUAGCAAGAGGAAAUUGUCAUCCUUGGAUGGUGCUAGUAAACGUGUUAAAGGAGAAAAUUCAGUAGCUGAGAUCACAGGCCAAAAUGCAUUUUCACGGGGAUUGGGUCAGUCUGCUACCUCUUCUGGUCCAACUCGCAGGGACACCUUUAGGCAGCGAAAGCCAAAUACCAGCAGGCCACCAUCAAUGCAUGUGGAUGACUACGUUGCAAGGGAAAGAAAUAUUGAUGGUGGCACCAAUUCUAAUGUUAUUGCAGUCCAACGAGUAGGAUCUACUGGUGGAAGACCUCCCUCCAUUCAUGUGGAUGAAUUUAUGGCCAGACAAAGGGAACGUCAGAAUCCUACAGCAGCUCUAGUUGGGGAGCCAUCAGCACACUUGAAGAAUACAGCUUCUGUUAUUGAUGCAGAUAAGGAAAAAAUGAACAAGUCUAAGCCAUUGAAAACAGAUCUUGAUGAUGAUCUUCAAGGAAUUGAUAUAGUUUUUGAUGGUGAGGAGUCUGAAUCUGAUGAUAAAUUGCUCUUUCCACAGCCUGAUGAUAAUCUACAGCUGCCUGCCCCUGUCAUAGUAGAGCAAAGUUCUCCUCACUCAAUCGUUGAAGAGACGGAAAGUGAUGCUAAUGAAAGUGGUCAAUUUCCUCGCUUGGGUACACCAUUAGCAUCUAACAUUGAUGAAAACACUCAAAGUGAAUUUUCUUCAAGAAUGUCUGUUUCACGACCUGAAAGGCCCCUGACUCGAGAGCCUAGUGUUUCGUCAGAUAAGAAUUUCUAUGAUCACUCUGAAGACAUGAAGAAUGUUAUUCCAGUUAAGACCUCUAAUGGAUUUGAUUCUGUUGCAGCAGUUAGUACUUCAGGUUUUCCUGCUGCUGUUUAUAACAAGGCACCGGUGGAUUCUAGGAUAACUCCACAAAAUUUCUAUGCAAAGAACAGUCCACAGCAUUCUUCAGGAUCUCGAGGACAUUAUGAUCAGAAAGUUCCGCCACCUUUGCCUCCUAUGCCACCUCCGUUGACAAUAUCACCUUUAAUAUCCCAGAAUCCUGAUCCAGUCCCAAGUCAGUCAUCCCCAUUUGUCAACUCUUUGGUUGAUGUGCAGCAACCCCUCUCUACAGCAUUUCAAGUUCAUCCGGAUUUUCUUUCUGCUUAUGGUAACAAUCCUACAUCAUUAGCAUCGUCCCUUCCCAUUUCAGACUCCAAGUAUCCACGGGCUUCUAUCUCUUCUCCCAGUGGAUCUGCUGGGACUCAUCCACCACUUCCUCCCACACCCCAUCCUUAUUCAUCUAGCCAAUAUAAUCUACCUUCUUUGAAGGCUCCUACUUCCCAAUCUUCAGCAUUUGGGAUUACGGAGCUUUCUCAGAUAUCUAAUGCACCCAUGAUUGAUGGGCGAUUAGGAAAUCUUUCUGCAACAGGUGGUGGAUAUAUACAUCCUCCUGUAAUGCAACCUACGGUUUUCAAUAGGCCAGCUGCAAUUCCUGCAACUCCUUAUGGAAGCACGCCAACUCAGCAGCAAGUUGAGAACCCUACUAUUAUGCAAAAUCUCUCUAUUCAGUCUUCUAUUCAGUCAAUUCAUCAGUUACAGCCUCUGCAGCCCCCACUUCAACGUCCUACACCGCCACCUCAGCAUGUAUGGCCACCAGUGCAAUCUUCUCAGCUUCUUGAGCAUGGAUUGCCCAUUCAAAAUCCAGUUCAAAUGCAUCAAUUACAACUGCUGCAACAGCAACAGGUUUCUCCUAUGCAUGCUCAUUAUCAAUCUCAGCAGCAAGAGGUUUCUCAGUCAAGGAGGCAACAGCAGCAACAAGUUGAGCAUGUUCAAUCACAAGUACAACAUCAGCAUGGAGAUGUUGCAACCCGGCAGCAACAAGAGUUGGGAAUGUCAUUACAGGAGUACUUCCAGGAUCCUAAAGCUAUAACUGCUUUAUUGAGUAACAAGGAAGAACUCUGUCGGCUUUUGGAGCAGAAUCCGAAAUUAAUGCAGAUGCUUCAGGAAAGAUUGGGUCAGCAAUAGCAACGUUCUGUGGUUUGAUGGCGUACGCCCUUUGGAUACUGUUCAAACCACAUUGAAUUAUGUCUCUUAUUUCUGUAUUGCAGGAAUCAUCCAUUCAGCUAUUAAUAUACUCCCUCAAAUUUUGCAUUAAUGUUGUACUAUAAACUGUAUAUAUUGUUAUUUCAAUGAUAAAUAUCAUUGAAUUGUCUUUUCUUUAUUUACCCAUAUAUUUAUUUUGUUUUUGAUUUUCCCAGAUGACAAGUAUUGUUUGUCUUCACCCGCACCUUGUGGUUCAAUUAGAUUUGGUUAAAUCUGAUUGGAUUAUGUAUUUGUAGGAUAAGAUAUCAUUUCUGUUCUCAUAUCAAACAUGAAACUAUGUAAGACCUAAUCAUGAUAUUAUAUUUUAUUACAGCAAUAUUAUUAUAUUUUGUUACGGCCUACCAAA